AUGAACAAGUCCAAAGAUGACAUUCUUCGUGCGUACGAGGAAGACCGUCAAGCUCGUGAAGUCUAUCGUUACUUCCAACCCGCGAAUCCAGCUGCUUUAAACACCCAGUGGCCUCUGCCCGAAGAACAUUUCUCGUCCGUGGAUUCCUUGAGGACUUCAUUUUCUGCUGCAGAAGACUCAGACUCCGAGACGACACAGAUUCAUUCACGCACUCAAAGCAGCCCUAAUACGACUUUGACCUCUUUUGCACAGCUUGCCGCUCUUCGGUUGAAUGCACAACGUGCCUUCAUUACUAUUCUGAAUCAUGACUUCCAGUUUGUAUUGGCUGAAGCAACCAAAACCACCAAUAUUGGUAACUCCAAGCUGUCGGCAGAAGGCGAUGGACUUUUCGUGGGAACUUCCACUUUAACCAAAUCAUGGAACAUCUGCCAGGAAACAAUAACGCCCAGUCCAGAUCAGCAAGAUGGUAACCAUCCAUUUUUUAUAAUCAACGACCUUGAAAAAGAGGAGCGCUUCAGGGAGCUGCCCUUCGUGACCGGAGAGCCACGGUCGCGCUUCUAUGCUGGAGUACCCCUCACCAGCGGCAGUGAUAUCAACUUGGGAUGUCUUUUUGUUCUGGAUUCCGAACCACGCGAUGGCCUCUCACUUUAUGAGAAGGAUGCAUUGUCCACGGUUGCAACGCUCAUCAUGGACUAUCUGCAGGUGAGCCGACAGGCGACCGAGGGACGGCGUGCUUUAAGAUUAUCGCAUGGGCUCCAUCUCUUCGUGGACGGCAAUUCGAGCUUCGCCGACAUGGCUCCCAAAUCAUCUUCGUCAUGUACUAGUUCUGACAGUUCGCGCUCGGGGUCACCACCCUACCAGCGGACAAGCCGUCCAGCGAGCCCUCGAGAUACUGACAGUGACAAAUGUGAUAACUGGCUGGAGGAGAAUAGUGCUUCCUUGAAACACGGCGAUUAUCGACCUCCCAGUGCGCUUUCGAAUGGCAGGUCGGAGAUGAGUGUGCCAGGAAGGCCGGCGUCAUCAUCGCACAGUCAACGACAGAGUGACCAUACAUCGACAGUCUCUUCGAGCAGCAAGCACUGGCUUUUUCAACGCGCCGCAAACCUCAUACGGCAGAGCCUGGAUCUAGACGGUGCCGGUGGUGUGAUGUUCAUGGGGACCAGUGAAGACUCGUCAGAGAACUUCACAGAUAACCCUCCAGGCUUCGAUGGGCUCAAGAGCCCAGCACCCAUUCUGGCACUUUCAACCAGGGACGACCCACUUUCAAGUAGAACGGUCUCCCCCGAGGCAAAUCCAGCCGUCGACCUGGACCACGGCUUUCUCAAUCAUUUGACGCGUCGUUAUCCCAAAGGAAGACUCUGGUCAUUCCACCAUGAUGGAACACUCUCCACUGCGGAUGAGGAUCUUUCAGUUGAUUUAUCUCGCAAACAAAGCAAGCGAUUUAAAGCCUCGGAGACUGCGAGCUUGAAUGCCUACUUCCCGGAUGCCUGUCAGGUUGUGUUUGUCCCAUUGUGGAAUGGUACCGACUCACAAUGGUUCGCGGGAUGUUUUUGCUGGACUCCUCAUCCGACACGAGUUUUCAGUCGAGCUGUCGAUCUCAGCUCGAUAUUUUCUUUCGCUUCAUCUAUCAUGACUGAAUAUAGUCGCGUGGAAUCUGUAAUCGCGGAUCGCCAAAAAGGAGACUUUAUCAGUAGCAUCUCCCACGAGCUGCGAAGCCCGUUGCAUGGUGUUCUGGCUGCCGCUGAGUUCUUGGAAAACACCGAUUUAGAUCUAUUUCAAAGCAAUGUUGUUGAGACUAUCAACGCUUGUGGUCGAACUCUUCUGGAUACAAUGAACCAAGUGCUGGAUUAUAGCAAGAUCAUGUCACUUGAAAGAUCGAAGAGGAGGUUCAAGAAGGGGAAAGAUCCAUGGAAACCAAAGAGCAACGACGAUGCACCAGGCCUUGACACGCUUGUUUCCACAGAUGUGGCUAUAUUGACUGAGGAUGUUGUGGACAGCGUGGCUCUGGGUCAUUUCCACAUGAAAAGGUCAUCCGCUCCAACCGACCAUCCUGCGGGUGUUCGACCCGAUGCAAACUCGCAUUCAACCAAGGAGGCUAAAGGUAUUGCCACAGACCCGGAAGUUGAGUUGGUGGUCGAUAUAGCCAGCAACGAUUGGAUGUACCAAGUCCAACCCGGGUCAUUGCGACGUCUCAUCAUGAAUCUUCUUGGAAACUCGCUCAAGUACACUGAGAAAGGCUCGAUUUGUGUGAGCCUCAAAUCUACCGAAAUGUCCAAAUCCCGAUCUCGGCGCCAGGGCCUUCAGGACAUGGUGACAUUGACCGUGUCAGACACAGGCAAGGGAAUCUCAAGAGAAUACCUUCAAAAGCGCCUCUACACCCCAUUCGCACAGGAGAAUUCACUCUCCGUUGGCACUGGGCUUGGCUUGUCCAUUGUCCGAGGAAUUGUGACUGCGCUCAAUGGAAAGAUUAGUAUCCGUAGCGUGGUUGGAGAGGGAACUACCGUGAAAGUCCUGCUUCCUUUCGAGCGCCCUGUCGGAGAACAAACCCCUCACUCAACACUUCAGGAUGAAAGUUUCGAGAAAGUCCAAGCGACACCAUCUUCCAAACUAGACAAGCCGAGCCUGAGGGGGAAGCGUGCGGCAAUCUGGGCAAUUGAUUAUGCUCAUUUGGAUGAGCAUCCUUUCUGGUCCACGAUCGCUCGCUACGCCUCGGAUUGGUAUGGCUUGCAGCUUGUUCCUUGUUCCGACAAGGAUAUAGACAUUGUUUUUGCAUCUGAAGACGACCUCCCUACAGAAAGAUCACAAAUUCCGCCCAUCAGCUUCUCAAGCCUGCUCAUAUUCUCGCAUCAUCCGAGUCAAAAUGACCCCCGUGUGCAAUGGUCACAUCUCGCCAGUUCUUUGGCGUUUAUAAAUGGACCCUGCGGACCCCAGAAACUUGCCAGAGGUAUCUUCUGUUGUCUAGAGUCGAGCCAGACCUCAUCAAAUCCCACGAAUAACCCUGCAGACUUCAUUUUGCCGCAUCGGCCCAAGCAUACAGAGCGAGUCCUCCAAGUGGAGCAAGACGCUGCCGAAUCCAAGCUUAACCCAGAUGUUCCCUCUGCGGUCAAAUCUGUGGAAGCUUCCGUCAGCAAAGACAUAUCAUCCUCUACAUCCCCCAGCCAUCAACCCGCAAUCGCCAUAACGAACACAGAACCAAGACGACCCCGAAUUUUGAUAGUGGACGACAACAAAAUCAAUCUCAGCCUACUGUCCACCUAUCUCCAAAAGCGAAAAAUUACACACCUGGACAAGGCAGAAGAUGGACAAACGGCCGUCAAUAUGGCCGAGGCAAUGCCAGGAGGCUAUGAUAUCAUUUUCAUGGACAUGUCAAUGCCCAUAAUGGAUGGCUUUGAAGCAACGCGUGCUAUUCGUGCUAUCGAAAAUGGACGUUCUGCGAGCAAGCAUGCCCAAAUCAUUGCCUUUACUGGUCUCACUGGUCCAAGUCAUCAGUCCAAGGCUAUGGAGGCUGGAGUGAGCGUGUUUUUAACGAAGCCUGUUUCAUUCAAGGCAGUAUCUCGAAUACUUAGUGAGUGGGACGACAGCAGAUGA